UGCCACUCACCGUCUCUAACCAAUAGAAAAGUUAAGAGGCACGCACGGGACGCUCCACGGGCUCGGCUGUGGGUCUGUGCGGUUCGGAUCCAGGUGUUCUAUGCGGAGAAUGCCCUGAAAAUACCAAACAGUCCGUUUACAGCAGAGAAUCCCAGUCCUGUAGCCCGGCUGGCUGUCCACCCGUCUGUGUGUCUGUAAACCGGUCUGCGGGGGGUGUUGGGUUCCUGAGGCGUGCGAGGGGUGUGACUAGGUGUCAUGGCGUCUAAUGGACUUGUUCUCCUGAUUCUCUCCUCCUCGUUCUCCCUCUCAGAAGCGUUUCUGUUCGGUGACCCUAGAAUCUACGGAGACGAUGCCACUGGCUAUGGACCUGUGUUUGAGGAGGAGCCUCUGGACAUUGUGUACACAGAGGACUCCCCUGAUGGAAGGAUCUCCAUGAACUGUAGAGCAAGGGCCAACCCUCCGGCUACAUACAGGUGGCGCCGUGAUAAGUGGGAGAUCAAGCUGAUGGAGCAGCCUGACGAGCACUACAGUCUGGUGGGGGGAAACCUGGUCAUCACCAACCCCAAGCAGAAGAAGCACGCAGGAACGUACGUGUGCGUGGCCAAGAACAUCUACGGAACCGUCAUCAGCAAAGAGGCCACGAUCAAGUUCGGAUAUAUGGAUGCAUUCCCGGAGGAGGAGAGGGACCCUGUGUUGGUCAAGGAGGGCCAAGGAGCCGUGCUGCUUUGUGCCCCUCCUAAACGCUGGCCAUACGAGGUGACGUUCCGGUGGAUCUACAACGAGUUCCCGGUGUUCCUGCAGCCGGACCGCCGGCGCUUCGUGUCCCAGAGCACGGGGAACCUCUACAUCUCCAAGGUGGAGGCCCAGGACGCAGGGAACUACUCCUGCUUCGUCUCCAGCCCCAUCAUCGGCAAGAGUGUCUUCUCCAAGUUCAUCCCCCUCAUCCCCUCCGCUGACGAAUAUCCCACAGAGAGGAAGUUCCCAGCUGACCUCCGGGUGACCUUCCCUGACACCACAGCCAUGCUGGCCUCCAACAUCACGCUGGAGUGCUUCGCUCUUGGCAACCCCAUUCCCCACAUCCUGUGGAGAAAGGUGGGCGCCACAGACCUGCCAGCAGGCCACGAGAUCAGCAUGUCCGGAGCGCUGCUGCAUCUCUACAACGUCCAGUACGAAGACGCCGGCAAGUACGAGUGUGAGGCCAUCAACUCCAAAGGAAAAGACUGGCACCACAACUGGCUCUACGUACAGUCCGCUCCUGAGUGGGCCCAGACCAUCAACAACACCCAAAAGGACAUUGGGUCGGAGCACACCAUGGGUUGUGUGGCCAUGGGCAAGCCCUUCCCCUACAUCCGCUGGCUCAAGGACGGAUUCACGAUUGGAAAAGGCGAGCUGAAGUUCUCCAGUCUGACCUUUGAUGACUCAGGGAUGUACCAGUGCAUCGCCGAGAACUACUGGGGAACCAUCUACGCCAACGCAGAGCUGCGUGUGAUCGCCUGCCCCCCCUCGUUCGAGUUCAACCCCGUUAGGAGGCAGCUCCUGGGAGCCAGAGAUGGACGCGUGGUGAUCGAGUGCAAACCCCGCGCCGCCCCCAGACCCCAGUUCAGCUGGAGAAAGGACAAGGAGCUGCUCUUCAAUAACUCACGGAUCUCUAUCUUGUUCGACGGCAGUCUGGAGAUCCUAAAUGCCACGAGGAACGACGAGGGUGUGUACACGUGCUUCGCUGAGAACAACCGCGGCAAGGCCAACAGCACUGGCACCCUCACCAUCACAGAGGCGACCAGUAUCACAGUAGCCCCAGAGGAUGCCGUGGUGGAGGUUGGGGGGGAGGUGGUCCUGAGCUGCUCCGCCUCCUACGACCCCAUGCUGGACGUGACGUUCAUCUGGGCCAUCGACUAUCGCGUCAUCGACUUCAACGCAGAGAGACGCGACUUUGAACGCAUCAUGGGUGCUGAGGACAGCGGGGAUAUGAAAAUCAUGAACAUUCAGGUGAAUCACGCGGGACGCUACAUCUGCACAGCCCAGACUGUGGUGGACAAUGCCACCGCCUAUGCCGACGUCAAGGUCAUAGGGCGCCCAGGCCCCCCAGGUGUGGUGGUCGUGGAGGAGAUCGGGGACAAGUCAGUAAAGCUGACGUGGAGUAAGGGAGCGGACCACCACAGCCCCAUCCUGCACUACACCAUCCAGACCAGGGACUUCUGGGCUCUGGACUUUGAGGACUGGAGGACAGCCAGCACCUCCCCCACCAUCCUGGGCGCGUCUGCCGAGAGCGCUGACGUGACGGACCUGUUCCCCUGGAUGGAAUACGAGUUCAGGAUCUACGCCACCAACGAGUACGGAGACGGAGAGGCCUCCGUCCCCUCCAUCAAGAUCAAGACCUGGGACGCAGCUCCUGUGGUGGCUCCUGCAAACAUCGGAGGCUUUGGAGGGAGAGACGGAGAACUGAUCCUCACCUGGGAGCCCAUACAGCCCUGGUACUUCUCGGGUAAGAAGUUUGGCUACGUGGUGGCUUUCAAACCUCACGACGCCUACGACUGGUGGUACGAGACCAUCUCCGACCCCGAGACGCGGCGCUAUGUCCACCGCGACCCCAGCUUCGAGGUUACCGAGGAAGACUUCCAGGUCAGGGAGUUCCAGGUCAAGAUCAAGUCCUUCAACAGCAAAGGUGACGGGCCGUACAGCCUGACCACAGUCAUCUACUACCCACGAGACGUUCCUACAGAGUCUCCUACAGAUGUCUACUCCAGGCCAGUCUCGUGUACAGAAGCUCUGGUUUGGUGGCUACCUGUCAUGGAUACGGGCACCGGCCUCACCCAGUACAUAGACGGCUACCAGGUGAAGUACUGGAGGAAGUAUGAUGACACAGAAUCAGGAGCCAAUCGGAUCCUUGUUCCCGGGAAUGCCAACAACACGCGUCUGGAGAACAUGCGUCCAGAUUCCCACUACCUCAUCGAAGUGCGGGCCUACAAUGGAGCUGGCUUUGGCCCCCCCAGCGAACACUGCGAGAUGUUCACCAGGAGACCUCCCCCCAGUGUGGCCCCCAGAGUGUGGCGCUACAUCAGCUGGACAGGAAAGUGGCUGUAUGUGUGGUGGGACCAUAUUGAGUACGACUGGUUUGGAAACAUCUCCUUCCCUCUCUACUACAAAGUGAUGUUCAGGAAGACGGGCUACAUCACCGGGCCUAUCUACAUCACAGGCUGGCACUUCAUGGACUUCCCCAUGCCCCAGGUGGGCGACUUUGAGCUGGAGGUCAGAGGUCGCUACGAGGGCGGAGAUGGGCCCUCCAGGAUGAUCCGCAUCAGGGGUAAGGCGUCGGUGACCACGCCCUCGCUCAGCCUGGCUUCCUUGCUGCUCCUGGCCCUGUGCAUUGUGGGAUUUUAGGUAGGGCAGGCCGUUGCCAUGGAUACGUGGCCAGAACAGGACUCCCCCAGACUGUCUUGUCUUCCCUCUGUAGAGUAUGCAUCUUGUCAACAAUCAGUCUCCAAUGGACUGCUAACGGGUACUUGGGGAACACAUUAGAGCUUGGAGCCAAAACAGGCAUAAGUGCGUCGUAUCUAGAUUUUACAGGAGAGCCAAGACCAAUUUUGCUCAAGGCCCCAUUUUUUACUGUUACGCCUUUCAGGUUUCUUUUAAUUACAACCUAUGGGUCAUCAUUUCAGUUUAUUUUGGCACUGAAGAGAUUCCACUGAGAGCUUUAAUUUGAUAUAUAAUACUCAUAUUCGCCCUACAUGGCACUUAUACCUCUUUGGCUCCAAGCCCCUCAAUAUCUGAUGUUUUCAGUAUGCCUUAUAGAUGGUUCGUUGCAUAAUGUUCAAUCCUCACAUUUCACAGUUGCACAGUGAAUUACUUUUGUACAUGUAAAAGAACAACUUUUAAGUUUACAGUUAUUAUACAGUAGGAUCCCUGCUGUUGCCAAAGGCUGCGGUAAGGAAAACUGUGGUAAGGAAAAGCACUGAUGUAGUAAACAUUGAAGUCAAGGAAUCAGAAUGAUUGUAGUAAGACUGGAUGUAAAGAGUCUGCUAGUUAACACCAUCACAUCUCUGAAGACAGCAGCUUCUCUUUGAGAAGAAAACCAGACAGUUUGUCUAAAACUGUCAUAUUGUACAGUUUUGUUCCAGUAAACCAUGGUUUGAAUUGUUCUGUCUAAACAAAAACACAGUUUUUCUGUUUUUGUCUCUUUCUCUGUUACUAUCUGAUAUGAUCAUAAUUGUACACACUCCAAAUUCACAAGGAUGUCGCUGUAACUUACCCUAGAGGGAUUGCUAAUCCCUUGCUAAUGUUUUCAUGCUAACCACCAAUGCUAUGUCCCUCUUAGAUGCUAAAGCUAAAGCCAUAUUGCUUUGACAAUGUCUUAACGCUAGGCUUGUCAUGUUUUUUGCACUGACUGAUGGUCACAGAAUGUCUAAGCUGAACGCAACAAGAGGUCAGGGUUGUACAGUACUGAUACCAUGGUAUUUGUUUGGUUCCGGAAAAUUCCUUGUGUUAAUAUCAAGCUGCAAACUCAUUAAAUGCAAUAAAUAAGUACACUCAACUCCAGCUGUGUG